GGAUGCAUAAACACACACACUCAUACAUAUUUACAGGCACGCUCACAGCAACGCAUUUUGCCCAGAUCCAUGAAGAUGUUGCUCUUCUUCUUACUUUCACUCUUCCAUUUCACCCCAUCUCUGAGCCUAAAAAUCUGCUCCUUCAAUGUGAAGUCUUUUGGAGAAACUAAAAUAGCCAAACCUGAAGUUGUCGAUGUCGUGGUAAAGAUCGUUUCCCGCUGUGACAUCAUGUUGCUGAUGGAAAUAAAGGACAGCAAGAACCGUGUUUGUCCUCUCCUGGUGGAGAAGCUCACCAGCCAGCUGACGGGGCCGAAGGAGGAGUACAGGUGCGUGGCCAGCGAGAGGCUGGGAAGGAACAGCUACAAGGAGCAGUACGUCUUCAUCUACAGGCAAAAUCAGGUAUCGGUGAAACAAACUUACCAGUACCCUGACACCCAGCCUGGGGACGAGGAUGUCUUCUCCAGAGAGCCCUUCGCCAUCUGGUGGCAGUCUCCCAAAACCGCUGUCAGUGAGUUUGCUAUUAUCCCUCUGCACACCACACCAGACACAGCAGUGCGGGAGAUUGAUGAGCUCUAUGAUGUGUACUUGGAUGUCAAACAGCGCUGGAAAACCGAGAACUUCAUCUUCAUGGGGGACUUCAAUGCUGGGUGUAGCUAUGUUCCCCAAAAGCAGUGGAAGAACAUCCGUUUGAGGACUUACUCCGAAUUCCUCUGGCUAAUUGGUGACAAAAAUGACACAACGGUGAAGAACAGCACAAGAUGCGCAUACGACAGGAUUGUGGUCAGUGGACAGAAGCUCAUCCAGGCUGUGGUGCCACACUCUGCCAAUAUCUUUGAUUUCCUGGAGGAGUUUCAGAUGACUGAGGAGCAGGCGCUGGGGGUGAGUGACCAUUUCCCAGUAGAAUUUGAGUUAAAAGCAAAAAGUGGCUUCUUCAACUGGCUGAGAUCGAAGUUUUCAAAGAAGAGGAGACCAAAGAAGAGCCGCCGAUCAAGAUCAUGAAUGUGCUGAGUCCUUGUACAGGGCAUGGAAAUACACAGAUGCCAACAGAUCUCGUAGAAGACCGGUGCAGAUAAACUCAUAGCAAGUGCAAUAUUUAGUGGGGAAAAAACCCCAAAUAUCUUGUUAGAUAUAUAUUUCAAAUAUUUUGAGCGAGAAGGCAAAUUAAACCUUCAGGAUGCUUUUUCUUCAUUGUGUACAAAAAUAAAUCAGCUAGAAGCAGCACACUGUACUGAUCACAAAUGUAAGGAGCUACUGCAGGGCUAAAAUACUUCUGUGUACUUUACCUGAACACCUGAAGGGCAGGGAGCCAUGUUCCCAUGGGCUCUGGAGCCCUGCCAUUCCUCUGCAGGGGCAGAAGGAUUAAAAGGACCUUUUUGCAUCGUA